GCGACAUUGAGGAGGAUCGCACAUCUUCUUGCACGGUAUCUUUUUGAGGGUGAUUGACUCUUAUAUGUCAGACGACCCUAGAUCUGAGAUAAUUUUCGGUCCUCCAAGAGGGGAGGGUCCGGUCCCAUACCUCGGAGAUGGCUAUAGUCAUUUGGUCGGGAUGGACUUUGCUGUGCAGGCUUAUCGAAAGCCUCUUUACGAAGAUCGCUUUCUCGAGGUUUCCUACAUUUACUCUGGCGGGAGAGGACGUAUUGAGAUAUUGAUUGGAGCUUCAGGCGACAUCAUUCUUGCGGAGGAGCUUUACCUCAAGAGCGUCGCAGACGAGGAGAUGGCCAGAUGCAUGGCCUAUAUCUGCAUGAUUGACCCAGCAGCGCCUCUUGAGAUCAGCUAUGUGGUUCCAGAGUCUAUAGCCACACGAGUUCUCAAUGACGAGGAGUCCCAGACGGCAGCACUCACUCACGAGGGGGUACCGCUUAUUAUCAUUCAUUGAGGUAAGACCGAGAUGUUAAGGUCCCCUUGAGGGAAUAUGUUCCCUUGUCACCAGCCAUGUCACUUGUCCGAGUUAGCCGUUCGUUCUGCAGUUCUCGUAAGUAAUUGCUACCAGUUAAGUUUGGGAAGAAAAGGGGGUUAUAAAGUGAGGGAGCCUUGACUGUCUCACUUUAUCUCGCGCUCCGCCUCUUGGUGAUCCUCUCGCUUGACUCGGAACCGGUUGAGAUCGGGGAGGGGUUACUACUGAGAGAGCAUGGAGUUUUCUCAUCAAAUCUAACUAAAAAGAAGAGAAGGGGAACUGAAAUGAGUUUACUAAACAAUUUGGGCAGAUAAGACUCUGAUUUUUUUGCUAUGAGUAUGGUUGGCAUCCGAAAACUACCCGCGUUAAGGCUUGCCUAAUAAAUGGCGUGGUCAUUA